CCACCACAAAGCUGACCGCCUGUGACUGAAGAUGAGUGCUCUUCAAAAAUCUGAUUUUGAGUUUGCUGGGGGACAAGAAGAGGGGAGAGCAGAAGAGAUGAAGAAGAAGAUGAAGAAGCUCAGAAAGACUCUCAGAUCUUUAGCAGGUGGUGCUCCACAUCUCUCAGACAUGAGGAUUGUACUGCUUGGAAGCAGAAGGGAGGGGAAGAGUUCAUCAGGAAACACCAUCCUGGGAAGACAGGAGUUUGAUACCUCAGGACUAACAGCUGAGUGUUUGAAGAAAGAGGCAGAAACAGCAGGGAGACACAUCACUGUAGUGGAGGCACCUGGAUGGUUUCGCACUCAUUCUGUGGUGAACACUCCUGAACGUGAUAGACAAGAGAUUGUCCUCAGUGUGUCUCUGUGUCCUCCAGGACCCCAUGCUGUACUGCUGGCCAUUGAUGCGACUGUGUCAUUCACAGAGACAUACAGAAGAGAAGUUCAGGAACACCUGGAGCUUCUGGGUGAGAGAGUCUGGAGUCACACUAUAGUGCUGUUCACCCGUGGGGACUGCCUGGGAAAGACAACCAUUGAGCAGCACAUCGAGAGAGAAGGAAAAGCUCUGCAGUGGGUUGUAGACAAAUGUGGGAACAGGUAUCAUGUUGUGGAGAACAAGAAGAGCGAUGGUGGCCAGGUGACAGAGCUGCUGGAGAAGUUAGAAGAGAUGGUAGCAAGAAACAGAAGCCAUCACUUUCACUUUGAUGCAAAGAUUAUGAAAGAACUGAUGAUGAGGAAGAAGGAAGACGAGAGAAGAGCAGAGGAGAGGAAGAUGAAGGUGCAGAAGCACAGAGAGACUCUCAGAUCAUCAGGUGGUGCUCCACAUAUCUCAGACAUGAGGAUUGUACUGCUGGGAAGCAGAAGGAAGGGGAAAAGUUCAUCAGGAAACACCAUCCUGGGAAGACAGGAGUUUGAUACCUCAGGACUAACAGCUGAGUGUGUGAAGAGAGAGGGAGAAACAGCAGGGAGACACAUCACUGCAGUGGAGGCACCCGCAUGGAUUCGCACUCGUUCUGUAGUGGACACUCCUGAACGUGAUAAACAAGAGAUUGUCCUCAGUGUGUCUCUGUGUCCUCCAGGACCCCAUGCUGUACUGCUGGUCAUUGAUUUAGAGAAGGCCUACCUGAUGGCUACUCAAGGGGAGAUACUGGAUAUGACUCUGCUAAAUCAGGACUUGAAUUCUUCAAACAGCUAA